AAAAUUUUUUAGUUGAAACAUUUCCUAAUUGCUAGGUUUUGAAUGAAAUUUAUUUCAUUCAUGAAGAAUCUAAAAAGAGUAGAAAAGCUAUCUUGAUAGAAGCCGGUGGUUGAUUAAUUACUAACCGCUCCCGUUUUUUUAUUUUCCUUUAAACACUAUACUUUUCGUUCGUUAAUGUUUCACAGACUAUAGAAUACCUUUUUUAGUUCUCUCUUUAGAUAAAACGUGGCGAAAAAUUGAUUGAUAAGGAAUUGACUCGUCAUUCCCUACUGUACAGGUUCAUUGACUUCAAAUCUAAAUUUUUUUGGAUCAACCUUGGUCCUUACCUUUUUGCAUAACAAAUGAACUUGUUGCUUUAGAUGAAUGGAAGCCUCUUCUUCUUUUUUUUUUAGGAUUCUCCUAUAAUUUUUACAAACGAGAUAAGUCGCUUCUAUGAAGGCAAAAAAGAGAUGUGCAUACCAAGAAGAGGAUGUUCGUUAUUCAUGUGAUUAUAACUGCUGUUAUAAUUCGUUUAGCAGAAAAGAACAUGCAAGAAGGAACUACUAAUCUCGUAAGUUUGCUGAAAAAAUAAUUGACAACUAGCAAAUUUAUGGAGUAAUUGUCGCCGCUUGGAUUUUUUGUACUGAGAAGUUGCUAACACAGUCGAUCGUGGAUGUCAAAUCAAACUCAUUUGUUUGCUUGCAAUGCGGUCGUUCGUUUACUAGAAGUCAUGUUUUAAGUCAUACAUAUUCAUCAAAAGGAUUCAAAGCAAAAGGAACCUAGUAAUAAAAUAUGAUCAAACCAGCCUCAUCAACUACGUUCAAAAUCUGGUCAGACGCUUUUGGUACUCUCGAAUGUCGAUUGAACCUCAAGCUACUUCACAUGCCGGACUUGUAGAUCAUAUGAGGUAUCCUCAAAUUUCGCAAUUUCUUCAUGAAACUAUUCCAUCUUCCAUCCAACAGUCAACACGAAGCCGCGAAUUGACAAACAUUGACCUGUUCAAUUCUGCUCAAGAUCCGAGCACGAUUCCUAAUUUUGGGGAGGACCUUGGCUUCCAACCCGUACUAUUUACGAGUUCAUCGUUAAAGGGAGGUCCAAACGGCUCUAAUGAUUCAACGUCUUUCCAUGGCUUCUUAUCGUCAAACAUGACAUCUCCUCAGCAGAAUACUAAUGAUUUUGUAUGUUGGAUUUUCAAGCUAAUACCCGAAUCUUCAAAUUCAACUAAUUCAGUAAUUCCCAAAAAUCUUAGUUGUAUUCAUAUUGAUUUUGCCAACACCGACUCUCUCAGUUCACACUUCAUAGUGGAUAAGAAACUUCAGUCCAAGAAUUUGAUUCGUUAUCAACAUACCUGUUACUAAUUCUGGAAAUACAAGAUAGUUAUUUGGUUACAGAUAUGCUUUGCAAUAUUUAACACUUGAUUUUGUGAAUACUUGCAUCCCCACUACUGGAAGGAUUUUCAUCCACUAUGACCUUUUCUUCAUCAAGGUACAAUGAUACAUGAUGAAGCACCUUUGGAAAUUUUAUUAACAAUGCUCACUAUGGGAAUAAAUUUUGUUGAUGAUUCACUAGCCUUUGAUAUUUCAACAUUAAUAUUCUCAAUUUAUACCCACCCUGACUUCAACCCUCGUGUCUCUCUUUCGGUGUAUCAGGCCCUCUUAUUUAUCGAAAUUUUUAAAAAAUAACCAGUACGGUUAAGCAACACAAUUUUUCAAGAAUAUUUCACAGCGUGAUAAUAGAGGCGUGUUAUUUAUUGUUUUACUAUUCCUUACAUAACUGCUAACUACUUAGUCAUUAAAAAAUGGGUUUCCAUUGAAAGAGUCUAUGACAGAAGUAAACAAUAAUGAUAUGUUCACAAAUGAUAGCGCUCAAAAAAGAUGGCUCCAUCGGGUUCAUGGAGAAGCUACGGAGAGGUACUUUCUAUCCUAUAUCGUUUCAUUAUAAUCAACCGUGCAUGAAUUGCCUUUUUUUUGUUUGUUCUAGAUUCCCAGCACAUGGUUUUAUUUGGAUAUCAUCCGUUUAUAGAUAUCACAGAUCUCGGGCUACCUUUAUUAUGUGACGGAAACCUUAGGAAAGUCGAUAAUUUGAAUGGGCAUCUUUAGUCAAUAAAAGGGAGUCACCCAGUUUUUUUCUUAUACUGAGAAUGUUUCUAAGAAAUGAAAACUGUUUACCAAAUUAAAUCCGUGCAAUAUGAUGAUCGUAUUGCAUGGAUUAAUUACCAUAGGGUGGAUACUGAGUAGGGAAAAUUUGGCUAUGAUUUCUUUUUUCUGUAAAUUUGCAGAAUAAAUACUGACUGCCGAUAUAUAGGCAUGGUAGAAAGUAUUAUGCAACUUAACAGAAUCAACCUCAAGAAUUGCAGGGAUAUGCUUAAAUCUUCUUAUAGAUACUGGCUCCGUAUUUACCGAGUUUUUUUUCAAAAAAAUGGUACUUUACCCCAUAAUCACCCUUAUGUGAGAGGUAGUUUGGCUACCUACGAAAUGGCUUACAUAUCACUGCAUACAAAUGUUACUGCUAUACAAAAUUAUGCUAAAGAAAAAGUAUAUUUUUCUGCAAAUAUACACGAUAGUACUCUACGCUAUAUAUCAGCUUUGUCAUUAUCCGACAACUCUAAAAUAUCUGUAAGAUAUUCUAUUAUCGCUCUAAUAGAUGCCGUUUAAGGCUGUGAUAUGAACUACGACGACGUUUGAAAAGAUACUGGACUCCACAGGCCAUGGUGUUUGUAUGUAGCCACUUUAAUCCUCUGGGCCUAUGGAUACCUUCUGGUUGGACGGUUUGAAAUGCUUGAAAAUGAAAAUAAUAAGUAUAAGUCUUAACUUGAUGCUUAUUCAAUUUAAAUUGAACCUUAGCGGAAUGGGUAAAGACUACGUUGAUGUCCGAUGUAAGACUUUGCCUCUGUUGAAGUGUGUCGUUCAAGUUUUGGGUCUCACUAAAUGGGGAUUAUUGGCUGAGGGCGUUCAUGUUUUAUCCGCACUAACUCAACAUUGACCUGUGAUUCGGAAUUUGGUGUAAUAAAUACCAAAUAAUUUUAAAUGUAAGCAUUCUGCCGUUAGGCAGCUAAAUAUAUGUAUCAUAAUUUUUAUGGUUUUGAACAAUAUGUUUAAGAAAAUAGGUGUUCAUUUAGUAACGCAUGAAAUGAAAUGAAGUCUUCA